AUGAAGCUUUUAUUUCCAACUUUGUUAUUCGUUUUCCUGGUUUUGAGGUCAUCAUUUGUCCAACUCUCCUUUGCCCGACCUAUAGAACCCCUUCCCACACCUGCUUCACCUGCUCCACCUGCUCCACCUGCUUCUCUUCCUAUAGAACCCUUUCCCACGCCUGCUUCACCUGCUCCACCUGCUUCUCUUCCUCCACCAGGUUUCUGUGAUAGCAAGUGUGAGGACAGGUGUUCCAAGGCUGGAGAGAAAGACAGGUGCUUGAAGUAUUGUGGGAUAUGCUGCCAAGAAUGUAACUGUGUUCCUUCAGGGACGUAUGGCAACAAGUCCGAAUGCCCUUGCUAUCAAGACAAGUUGAACUCCAAGGGCCAGCCCAAGUGCCCUUAACUAUUCAGCAAAAUAUUGCAUGCACCGUCAUCUGCUACAUUUGCCUGUAUCACUUCAGUUUAUGUCUUCAUUUUUCUUUCAUUGUCUGCCUUCCAAGAGUUCUGGUGCUCUCGCUCACUUCUUGGGAAGGCAUAUUUAUUUAUAAUUCCUUAAAAUAAAUGUGCCCUGACUUUGUUCAUUCAACAAUUUAAUAAUAUAGUCUAUUC